AUGACUUCAUCGUUUCAUAUAAAGCAACAAGUUCAUAGGCAGUACGUAAAGAAAAAAAACAAAGAUAAAAUCUUGUGGGCUCGCAAAAAAGAAACGUGGAAACAAGCACCGGCCGCACAACCAUACGCACAACCCGGACAAUCCGCACCGCCAGUAUCAUAUGUAUCAUACACACAACCCACACAACCUACACAACCCGUACCAUACGCACAACCUGUACCCGGACAAUCCGUACCGCCAGCACCAUAUGUAUCAUACACACAACUCACACAACCUACACAACCAGCACCAUACGCACCAUAUGCACAACCUACACAAUCUGUACCUGUACCGCCGACACCAUACACACAACCCACACAACCGACACCAUACACACAACCCACACAACCCGCAACAUACGCACAAUAUGCACCGUACAAACCGUAA